AAAUAAUUUGAGUCGUUGCCAUGCCUCCAAAGAAGAAGGUAGAAGAAGAGCAGUCGCCCAUGUACUUGGGACGAUUCGGGACAUCCCUUAAGAUCGGGAUUGUAGGUGUCCCAAAUGUUGGCAAGAGUACUUUCUUCAACGUACUAUGCAAACAGAGUGCUCCUGCAGAAAACUUUCCGUUCUGUACCAUAGAUCCGAAUGAGAGCAGAGUGGCAGUACCUGACGAACGUUUUGAUUGGCUCUGUGACCACUUCAAACCCCCUUCUAAAAUUCCAGCUUACCUAUCUAUUGUGGACAUUGCCGGUCUUGUCAGAGGAGCAAGCGAAGGUGAAGGUCUUGGGAAUGCUUUCCUCUCCCACAUCGGAGGAUGUGACGCCAUUUUCAGCAUGAUGCGAGUUUUCGAUGACCCUGAUGUAACCCAUAUCGACGGGGAUGUUGACCCCCUUCGAGACACCGAGACAAUCUUCCACGAACUAAGAUUGAAGGACAUCGAAUAUCUGAACAACCAUAUCGAUAAAGUUGGAAAGGUGGUGGCAAAAAUGGGUGACAAGGAUAAAGCUGCUAAAAAUGAGCACGAAACUCUGAUAAAGGCGCGUGAGUUGCUGCAAGAAGGAAAGCUUAUUCGAAAGUGCACGUGGGCAAACAAAGAGAUUGAAGCCCUGAACAAACAUCUACUGUUGACUAGCAAACCUGUUAUCUAUCUUAUCAACAUGGGCGAGAAGGAUUACAUCAAGAAGAAGGGAAAAUGGCUGAUGAAAAUCAAACAGUAUCUGGACGCCAACGACCCCGGAGCCACAAUGAUCCCUUUCUCUGGAGCUCUCGAGCAGAGGUUAUUGGACGAACCGGAAAACGCCAAAACCUUUUUAGAGGAAAACAAAACACAGUCUAACUUGAGCAAGAUAAUCGUCACCGGAUUCAAAGCUCUCGGAUUGCAGUACUUCUUCACUGUGGGAGAGGAUGAGGUGCGUGCGUGGACUAUACAAAGACACACAAAAGCACCUCAAGCUGCCGGCAAGAUCCACGGUGACAUGGAGCGAGGGUUUAUCAAAGCGGAAGUCUACCAAUACGAUGACCUCGUCGAACAUAAAACUGAGGGAGCGGUCAAAGCAGCAGGUCGUUAUCGAAUGGAAGGUAAAAACUACGAGUUCCUGGAUGGUGACAUAGUCCAUAUAAAAUUCAAUGUAACUGAUGUGAAAAAGAAAUAAUUGUUAUAUGAAUUACGGGUUUUAGUACAUCUAUGGUUUUUUACUGAAAUUAUUAUUUAUGUUUUAACUCUGUUGUAA